UUAAAGUCGUCACAGAUUUUCAUGCUAUCCAUUUAACACAAAAGGAGUUACUUUACUACAAUUUCCAUUUUUACAUCAGUCUCUGGUUUCGAGGUAAAUUGUGUCAAUCUUCAGAAGAUUCGUCAGUAUUUGGUUUCCAAAAUUUGUGGUCAAGACUCAGCUGUUCCCGAUGUUCCACCGAAUGUCCAAGUUGGUAGACGUCCUCGCUUGGCUCCUCUGGCCGCUGCGACGGUACCACAGCGCGGUGGCCAUGGUUUCCCUCUUCUGCUUGCUGCUGUGGGGGGUUUUGGACUACGCUUACAAGAUCCAUGGCGUCGACCUGCUCUGGUGGCAUAGCCAGAUGACUUCGUUCAAUAUCGACUCGCUAUCCGUUCUGCUAUAUAUCGUCGGCGCCAAGAUGUCCUUGAUCCUGGUACUGGCCCUGGUGAGCUGCAUCCGCUCGGCGGUGGUGAAGAAAGAGCCCAGGUGCAAGGAGAUGCCCAUUUCGUAUGUGCGACGGCGCUAUUGUCGCUUCCUUGUGAUGCAGCUGCUGUUUGCUUUGGACGCGCUGGUCCAGGAGCCGGAGACCAUGGACCUGGCGGACUACGCGCAGCGACACGCAAACUUCGUCACGGCGGUGCAAUGCUUUCGCUGGCAAGCCCGUAAAAUGUUUGAGCGGAUCGAACAGCAAGUCCUCCGUCCGCAGCACGAAGUCCUGCACGUGGAUGACCUGCUGGAGGAAGAGCUGCUUGGCCGGGGCUAUGCCGAUAGGCUAGCAACGCUCCGGGAGUGGGAGAUCUUUCGGCUGGUCUACGGCUCCCUCGACUGAGCUUGGAGGGAGGCUGGCAUACUUUCGAAAGUUUUUAAUUGGCUUUUGGCAACAUACUUCUUGGCUGCCGUCGGUAAUUUUCACUUUGCAAACAUGUUAAUUAUCAUGCCACACACGCAUGUGCGGGGAGUCCCCAAAGUGGAGUCGGCGAAGGAGUGGGCAGUAUGCUAGCAGCUUGGUUGCCUCGGGGGUUAGAGGGCUUCGAUGUUUAACUGAAACAUGUGCAUGGCUAGGAUUUGUCUCAACGGUCAACAAUAAAAUGUAUUUUAUCCUUGUAA